ACCAUGCAUGCAAUCAAGCAACCGCUAGCAUUUUUCUAGUUAGAGCGAGAUGGCUUCGGCGGUGGUGCAGGUGUUCGGACAGCCGGCGUCGACGGACGUGGCGAGGGUCAUGGCGUGCCUCCUCGAGCGGAAGCUCGAGUUUGAGCUGGUCCGCACCGACGCGUUCAGGCGCGGGCACAAGCUCCCCGAGCUCGUCAAGAUGAGGGAUCCCAGCGGCAAGGUGGUGCUCAAGCACGGCGACAUCACCCUCAGCGAUUCCAGGGACAUAUGCCGGUACGUGUGCACGGAGUUCCCGCGGUGGUGCACCAGGGGCCUGUACGGCGCCGGCGCGCUGGAGCGCGCGUCCAUCGAGAAGUGGCUGCAGGCGGAGGCGCAGAGCUUCGACGCGCCGAGCGCCGCGCUGGCGUUCCACCUCGCGUUCGCGCCGCGGCCGGUCGGGGUGCCGCCACCAUCAUCUCCGGCCGCCGCUACAGACGGCUACGACGGCGGCGGCGAGGAGGAGGCACGGCGCGCCGCCGCCGUCGCCGAGAGCGAGCGGCGGCUGCUGCGCGUGCUGGACGUGUACGACGACGCGCUCGGCAGGAGCGCGUACCUGGCCGGCGACGAGUUCACGCUGGCGGACCUGUCCCACCUCCCGAGCGCGCACCGCGUCGCGCGCUCCGCGAGGGGCCGGGCGCUGCUGGCGUCCAGGGGGAACGUGGCGCGGUGGUACGCGGCCAUCGCGGCGCGCCCGGCGUGGAGGCAGGUGGUCAUGGUGCAGGGCCGGAGCGCGCGCGGCCCUCGCGCGUUCGUGGCGCCGGAGGAGGCCACGGCGCCCACCGUAGCGGCGGCGUCUGAAAUCUGCGUGCAAACGAUCUAGCUUGCUCUCUGCAGGGCCGUAACGUGUUCGUGCCGCGUCCUGGACGUGUAGCUGUUGUGCGUGCGCCGUGGGUGUGCUAACGUUGUUGUCGUGCUGGUUAGAAUAAGCAUGCUUGGAAUUUGGAAAUGUAGCCUUUGGCUGCGGCCGUGUCUGUGCGUGUUUGGUGGAGUCAUAGACUUCUGUUGGGCUGUUGACAUGAAUCAGCAGCCCACUAGUUUGACCUUGCUUGUUUGAUUAACAGAGAUGACAACGACGCA